ACCCUUUUUUUUCCCCGCGUCGUCUCCGGUUCUUUUCCCUCUCCACAUUCUUUCCUUUUUGUUUUCCGUCUGCGCGCGCGUUACCCUCUUUGUCCUUCGUUCCUUAGCGAGAGCCGUCAAAUGAGUGGCAGUCUCAUAGGCAGUUGUCUGCCGCCUUCAAGCAGUUUACCACCCGCUCGUUUGCUCGUUUCCCUGCCAGAAGUCCAAGUCACCUCGGCGCUGAAGCAUUUGCGAGCCCUGUAUUGUCCCGUACGCUUACCGACUGUCAUUUCCACACAGGUAUCCAAGCGAGAUCAGCAAUCAAUCACAUCGCCACCAGCUCCUGUUGAUUCCGGCUAUGCUUCUCAGGACGAGGACGGAGACGACCAAGAGACGAAUCUGGAGGAGCUGACCACCGCUCUACGUGCCGACCCAUUCGAACGCACUUUCACCACGCAAUGGCUAAAUUCGCUUCUCGCGCGUUCGGAGGAAAUGAACAUGGACGAAGAGGCUCGCGAGAGGAUCGUCGACGAUGCUGCCUUUAUUCUUUCGAGUUUAUUCGAAUCCAGCAACAGUGACGAAGACGAGGCGCUAACCCGCGACUUCAGCUUUUCCAUGCCCUCUGGGGAAGCAAUCCAAGUCACACUCAACGAUGCGCCGCUCUCAAGUACGGACCACACUGCUGUUGGCCUGCAAUCCUGGGGUGCUAGCAUCGUCCUCAGUAGCAUGAUGUGCGCCGAUCCCAAGCGGUUCGGACUGGAUCCAUCAGACCUCGCACUCGCGCCCAAGAUCACCGAGUUGGGAGCGGGGACUGGUCUCGUCAGUCUAGUGCUAGCAAAGCUCCUUCCCACCAUCAACAUUCACAAUGGUGACAUAGCAGCGACUGAUUACCACCCAGCCGUCCUGGAGAAUUGCAAAAUCAACAUCAAAACUAACUUUCCCUCGAGCUGCACUGAUGCAUCACCGCCUGUGUCGACUGCAAUUCUGGAUUGGGCACAGCCGCCUCAAGGGCUGAAGGCAACUUCCGAUCUCCUCAUCGCGUCUGACGUCGUCUAUGCACCCGAGCAUGCUGCUUGGCUACGCGAUUGUGCUGCGCAUAUGCUGACUCUGGAUGGCACUUUUUGGCUAAUGGUCACGGUGCGCAAGACGGGCAAGUUUGAAGGUAUCCCCGAAACUGUCGAGUCCGCUUUUGUUCCUGAAAAGUGUCCCAAGAACACAAGCGGUACGGUUUUCCGCAUAGUGGAAAAGGAGUUCGUUGAGAAGAGAAGCGGUAUUGGAAGGGGCGAUGAGAGCGGAUACAAUCUUUAUCGGAUAGGAUGGGCAUAGAUUACGAUGAACAUAGAUGGGUCAUGCGGCGGCGUUCCGGGUCAUCCUGUUUUGCGUGCGUAGACCGACGAUGCCAUGAUCUUUAGAAAUGAGUGAGCGCUUUCAACAUUUUGUUGUUUGGCAAUUAGAUCGGUGCUUGAGGGAUUAGAUCAAGACAAACGAGAGAAGUAACUUGUGUUGUCCAUCCAUAACCUUUGAUAGAAUUUCAUCAAAAC